CGGGAAGAAAGGAAGUGAAGGCAGCUAUUUGCACGUGCAGUUCUGAUGUUUUUCCACAUCACUGCAACUUUUCACAAAGGACAGAGUCUACUUCGUAAAGAGUACGAUCUUUUUCGGAUACAAACCGCACUUUUCAACCUUUCCUCUGAAGACAGCUCCCCCAUCUCCAGACGGACCACAAACCAGAGGCAGGCACGACCUCUAAAAACACUCAAUCUUAACAGGGAAAGUGAGAAACUACAAGUCCCAGAAUGCUGUGCUGCCUCGGGCCCCGACCGCCUCUCUGAUAAGGAUGCUGUUCCUUCAGAAAUCGGAGCCGGAUUGGCGCUGCAUGCUGGGACUCAGAAGAGCCAGAAUCGGAUUGGUUGAGAUUUGGUAGUGAACGCCGUUCUCCUAGGCUGGUUUGUGGAAAUGUAGGAGAAGGGAGUGGACGCUGGGCACUUCCGCCAGACGCAAGCCGGCGACAAGCUCAGUGCGUUCCGCCUCACCAGGUACUAAUCCCUAGCGUGUUGGCACAAGCGACCGUGACCUGGCGGAAGUAAUUCCUCCAGCUGCCCCGGAACCCACGGCGGAAGCUACUGAAGUUCCUCUGGAAGCGAAGUAGAAUUCAUAAGAGCAUAAUGGAUGGAGAGGAGAAAACUUACGGUGGCUGUGAAGGCCCGGAUGCCAUGUAUGUCAAAUUGAUAUCUUCUGAUGGCCAUGAGUUUAUUGUAAAAAGAGAACAUGCACUAACCUCAGGCACAAUAAAAGCCAUGUUGAGCGGCCCAGGUCAGUUUGCUGAGAAUGAAACCAAUGAGGUCAAUUUUAGAGAGAUCCCUUCCCACGUGCUAUCAAAAGUAUGCAUGUAUUUUACCUACAAGGUUCGCUACACUAACAGCUCCACCGAGAUUCCCGAAUUCCCAAUUGCACCUGAAAUUGCACUGGAACUGCUGAUGGCUGCGAACUUCUUAGAUUGUUAAAUAAAAUAAAUUAUGAUAAACUGUUAACUUUUUUCAGUAUUUAAUACCUGUAGUUCAGUUAGUAAUUUUUUCAUAUAGCAUGUUGCCUGUAUGCAGUUGAACUGUAUAAAGUUCAUUGCAAAGCAGAUUAUCUUCUGUUCUUUUUGCAUAGUAAUCAGAGUUGAAAUCUGUUUGCUGCAUCAACAAAUUAAGGACAUUUUCACAAACUGAGAAAUAAACAGAUACGCCAAUUUGUAGGUGGUUUUGCCUUAUCCUUUGGAUGUGACUUUCAAAAUUAGAGCAAUGACGAUAUAUUAAAUGCUGAAAUUUAGGUAUAAAUAAGCAGAUUCUACAGGUAAAUAAUGGGGCUAAGUAUUUUUAUGUUUUUGGUGUUUUUUAAAAAACCUGACCAUAUAGCUGUCAUUAACAUUAGUAGAGUAAUGCAAAUAAUUGCGUUAUAGACAUAUUUGUAACUUACCCAAAACAUUGAUUUUUAUAACUUCCAAAGACAUAAGGUUUGAAAUUUCUUAUGUGUCUUUUGAUAAACUGCAGUAUUGUUUAAGUGUAUCUUGUGUUUUUGUUUAUUGCUACAAUUUGAGAACUUUAUUUAAAAAGUAAUUUUGGAAAGUUAGCAGGUACAGCUUUCGGAGCGCUAGCUUUUUGAGAUCUGUAUCCAGGUGGUCAACAACUAAACUGCAUUACUUUGAUUUCUUGUAAGUUAUGCGUUUUGGCCAAUCCAAAGUACUGUACUUCCAUUGACUAUAAGGCUUCCUUUGCAAUUAUUCUUAUUACAAUUUCCCUUGUGAUUACAAUAGUUGCAAUUAUUUAAAUAUUACAAAAGGCACACAAUGAACUUUAUAUCUUAAAAGCUAGACUUUUCAGAACUAUUCUCGUCUUCCUCCAUCCAAUUGUAAUGUUAAAAAGUAUGAAAAGUGUGGAGAAAUACGGUGAAAAUUUUAUUAUAAUGUACCUUGAUAUAGUACAUGGAUUAUCUCCUAUUAAAGAAAAUAUGUCCCAAUAAAUAUGAUACCCACAAUCUGUGGGUGUUCUACUGAAAUCAAACUCAUAAAGGUCAUUCAGGUUUUAUAUUAAGAAGACAAAAAAAUUGAAAGACUGUGACAGAGCAUCUCUCUGGUCAGGCAUGGGAAAAGAAGCGUUGGGAUUGGGUUUUGUAGUGUUAUUACCUUAAUAAUAGAACAAAGGUGGCAUUAUAGGGUCUGUAAGUUUAAAUCUUCAGCUUAGGUCUUCUAAGACUGGCUUAAUAUGGACCAGUUUUUCUGGAAACUGCAAAAGCUAAACGUAAACAACCUAGAUCUAUAAAUGUAAUUUAUGUUCUUAAAAAACCUGAACAUUGUGCUUUCCAUCUUAUUGAAAGUAGUUAAAUAUAAAUGUUAGUUGCAUAUAUUUUAGUAACUUCAUAUGACAUACUGGUACAUAUUUUAGUACUGAAGUUUAUUCUGCUACUUGGUAACAAUGCCAAUUAGAAACCUAAAUGAUGAUCUCAAAGGUCAGGGCAGUUAGAAAUAAAGUUUAACUUUGAUUGGUUUUAGUAGGUUACUUUGUGUGUUAGAUCCAGAAGUAGCGUUAAGUUUAGGACAUUAAAUAGAACUGAAAUAAAAAUUCGGAAAACCUGUAUAUCUUAUGGUAAAUGGUGCAUGUUAACAAAGACGAUAUUGACUAAAAGGUAUGAUGAACACUUGGUGUUUGACCUUUUUAGCCUUAAUUUUCUCUUUUUCCGAAGAUUUGUGAAACUGUUUGCUUUGGUACAUCUCAAAAUAUGAUUGAAUAGUGGAAAUUUUUAUUUGGUUAAAUUUAAGAAAUAAUUAUUUUAUAUAGCAUUGAAACAACUGUUUUCUCACACUUGGUAGUUAACUUUUUAAAUUAUGUUCAAAUUCCUCCAAUUUUUUUUUCUGCACAGAAAAUAUUUCCACAAAAUUCUUUGUUUUAUUCCGUAUUUCAUUUUCGUACUGUCUAGAUUAUUUUAUGCUUUUUAGAUUGCUUAUCUUUCACACAGUUAUUAUUGAAGAGUCCUGUUGGUAUUGAGAACUUUAUUAUAAGUGGUGGGUUUAGCCCCUGCUAACAGAUAAAUACAUUUAGAGAUGCAUUGCUGUGCAUGGAGCUGUCAUCUUGGCAUGAAUCAGGUUGCUAAACUUACCAAUUAUUCUUUCAAACUUGUACAAGUAUUCUGAGAAAUAAGAUUGCUGUCAACGAUGGAGGAGUGUUUAAAUUAAGCCUAAUAGUUCCUAUCUAUAUGGAGGAAAUUUGGUACAAAUUAACAAAGCUUGAAUGUAUCCAGACUUAGCAGUGCUCGGUUGAGCCUCUGAUUGGUUAUGUCCAAGUCUGAUGAAACACUUAAUGUCUGGUAAUCAAUAGAUACCAUUUAUUUUUUAUAUAUGGUGUUUUAUUUCCAAUACAUAAAUCUGAUUUAAUUCUAGGCCACUCAUAUUUAUGCUAAGAUUUUAUAUUUCUGUUAGGCUUAAACACUUGAAUAUUGUUCCUGAUAGUUGGUUUAAACAAAUAUAUUAGCCUAGAAGUGUUUUGGUAUUGGUAUCUGAGACAGAGCACCAAACUGGGAGGUAGAACAUCUGGAAUCUUGUGCCAGUUAGCCUUGUGACCUUGAAGAAGUCAGUGGGCAUCAAUUUCACAUCUAUAAAAAAAUUUGGAGGUAAGCAUCUAUAGGGUUAUGUUUACCGCCUUUUUUUUUUUUUUUUUU